AUGUUUCAACAACUCAAAGAGAAUGCUUCCAAUUUCUUUGAUAUCCUUUCGUAUGUGUAUUCUUUCCUGACGGAAGGCUAUGAUAUGAACAGGAUUUAUAAAAUUACAGGAGCUACAGCUGCAGGAGCUCUUGCCUUGUAUUUGGGAAAAGUUUAUUUCAAUGGAGGAAUGGUUGAUAGGAAAUUAUUUCAACACUCGGAUUUAUCCUCCCGAGUGACGAUCGUAACAGGAGCUUCGUAUGGAGGCAUCGGAUAUGAAACAGCAAAGGUUAUGUAUGAAUUAGGUUCCGAUGUCGUUCUCGCUGUGAGAGAUCAAAAAGCUGGAGAGUUUGCAAAGAAACUCAUGAUGGAGGAGCCAUCAAGAGUGCUGUUGCCUACUAAUACCACACAAACCUCCCACAAUCAACAAUCGCCAAAAAAGAAGGGACAAAUUACAGUCAUGACGAUUGAUUUGACCGAUUUGGAGAGUGUUAAGAAAUUUGCACAAGAAUUUAAGAAGAAUUUUCAACGAUGUGACUAUUUAAUUAAUAAUGCUGGAAUCAUGAUGUGCCCACAUUCAGUCACCAAACAAGGCAUUGAAAUUCAAUUCGGAACCAACCAUUUGGGUCACUUUUUAUUGACUCAACUAUUAUUGGACAUGAUUAUGGCAUGUAAUGGCCGAAUUAUUAAUGUUUCUUCAAUCGCCUCCAUUUGGUUAUUACGAGGAGGUAAGAAGGACAUUGAAGGAUUUUGCUCCUUCAAAGAGAAUGUUAUCAAAGGUGAUGGUAAGGACUUGGCCGACAUUUAUGAACUCUAUGGAAGAAGUAAGCUUGCCAAUGUCUUGUUCUCAAAGAAAUUAGCAAGAGAAUUUUCAAAGACAAAUACCUCGACAAGUGCCAGUACCUACAGUGUACAUCCAGGCGCAGUUCGCACUAAUCUCACACGACACAUGGGUUCCAUGUUUAACUUGAUCUAUGCUCCAUUGGCAUGGUAUUUCUCAAAGAGUCCUUGGCAAGGAGCACAAACCACAUUACAGGUGUCUCUUGCUCCACAGAAAGACUUGCUCAAUGGUGGUUACUAUGCUGAUGCAAAACUGGCAAAACCAAAUGCUUUUUCUGACGAUCAAGCAUUGCAAGAUACCUUGUAUGAGACUAGUUUGAAAUUGUGUGAACCUUAUUUGAAGACUGAUUAG